AUAUGCGCGUGUACCCGUGUGGGGAGGGUGUUUAUGUGUGUUUGAUUUUCCUUUCCUGAGACAGUAAUGAGUCAUUGCUGAUGGUAUGCGAUACAGGGCAGCAGUCAUGCAUCAGCUUCUCAUAGAUUCCUGGAUCCACCGCGCAGCUCACAGAUCCCGCUGCCGGUGUGUUCGGGCACGUUGGUUUGCUGGUACCGGGACCGGUAGCAGCAAAGUUUAGGUCAGCCGUGAUGAAAGGUUUCUGCACUCCAGCCGUUUCUAAGGUGUCGUGCUGUUUAUUUCCUCCAAGUGGCAGCAAUUUAAAUUUCCCAUCGGAUCUUUUUGGCCGGCGCGCAAACGUUUCGUCAUGUACUAUUUCACGAAGCACUCAAAGUAAUGCAUCAGUGAGAUUGGAAAAGAAAAAAACAAAAACGCAAUACGGCUUUGGUUCCCUUCUUAAUCCCGGUGAGUAGUUCAGUAAUAAAGAGUCCAUUUAUGGGAAAUGACGAUAAGCAUUUCCACCGCCGCCCAAAGGCCCUCAACAUGUCGGGUGGCGGCCCGGCUCAUCUGACCAACCUGUAGCCAACAGCUCUAAAGAAAGUGCAAACUUUAGCGAGAAUGCUAACGGAGCUAGCAGUGUUUACCCGAGGUGGAAGUGGAGGGGGCACGUGUCCCAACGUGCAGUAGACAUUGACUAAGCAUUUAGAGAAAAUCGGAUAACGACACAAAGAUCCAUAUCAUCCGCCAUAUUAAUAGUCAAUGUUAAAUGCAGCUCCUUUUUAAAAGGGGGUAUAAAUAAAGUACAGAUUAAUAGCGCCAGUGACCUUGCCUUGUCCACAUAUAUUCUCCAAAAUGAAGUUGGCACUCACAUUAAAUCAGAUUGACUGCUUUAUAGAUGAAUCUGGCUGCACUGCUGGAAAAAAAAGUGAUGAACAUAGAUAAACGAAAUUACGCCCAAGUGACUAAUGUUUUUAUGUCGGCCUUCUAGCUGAUGUAGCUUCCCUGUAGGCGACGUUUCUCACCCGAAAUCAAAAGUAAAAAGACUUAAUCGAUAAAGGUUUGCAUUUGUCCUACAUGACACUAUCAGUUUGCAAGCUAACUACAUGUUAAUGUUUAAGGUUUUCAAAGUGGAUUGCCAAAGAGGUUUGGGCAUUUUCCUAAAAGUAGUGUGGCAGGUUCUUGGAAUUAUUUACCUCCAACCUUCAGUCUUUUUCUCUUCAGAUUUAAGGCUGAGAUAAAAACGUAAUGGUAUUUCUAUGCUUGCUGUUUAUUUAUGCAUCCUUAAAAUACAUUCUUUAACCCCCCGCUCCCCCCAAAAGUUUAUACUUUCACAAAGAAGUUUUUUUUGUUAUUUACUCUUCGUCUGUUUACAGUCCAUUUAUGUACCAGCUCAAACACAGAAACGUGCAGAGAGAAAAAAAAAAGCGAUGGAGGGAACAAAUGUGCGAAAAGAGAGGAUCAGCCAUUUGGAACCUAAAAGUGUAACUGGUUUGGUUACUACUUGGCUGGCUACGUGCUUUUCAGGAAGCCUUCCAAGAAUUCAGACAAUGAACCGUAAACAUGGCGUGUUCCUCAGAACAAUUCCACAUUACAUCUCAGAGAUCACGUGUCCCUCCUUUUCUCAGAAUCCACUGCCCCCACACACUACAUAGCUGACAACUACAGCAGCCAAAUCUCAUGUUGCAUGUGUGCGUACUGUACUUACGCCCGACGAGAAGGAGCUCUCACAAACUGACUAAUGUGCAGAGUCUCUCUCCCUCCCUCUCGCUCUGUCUCGGAGAUUUCUGAUGCCUCUCUCAGUGGCGGAGUUUGCAUUGAAAAUCUGAAACCCCCUCCUUCCUCUGUGGCCAAAAUGUCCCAGCUGCUCCAUGUGGAGAUCCCAAACUUUGGAGCCACAGUCCUGGGCUCCCUUAAUGAGCAGCGUCUGCUGGGACACUACUGCGAUGUAUCCAUCCUGGUCAAAGGUCAGGCUUUCAAAGCCCACCGGGCCGUCCUGGCUGCCAGCAGCCUCUACUUUCGCGACCUCUUCAGCAGCUCCACCAAGAGCCAGUUUGAGUUGCCCUCCUCAGUCACACCUGCUUGCUUUGAGCAGAUCCUCACUUUCUGUUAUACAGGGAAGCUAACAAUGGCAGCUAGUGAACAGCUGGUGGUCAUGUACACAGCCGGCUACCUCCAAAUUCAGCAUAUAGUUGAACGAGGCAUGGACCUAAUGUUCAAGGCGAACUCGCCUCACUGUGACUCAGCGGGGUCUUUGGAGGAGACAGGAUCCGAGCCGCGGAGUCCUUGUAAUAACGGCAACGGGCUGGCGGUGGCCGCCCUCCUGGGGACCCCCGGCUGGUCUCCGUCCCUACUGAUGUCGCAGCGUAAGAUCAAACUAGAGGCGGGCGACCCGACGCCCCUGACCACGUCUUUGGCGCAGGGCAAGAUUUCGUCUUCGGAGUUGGGGAACCGGCUGGCCAGGGGCAGUUCCCUGUUCUACACGACGGCCGGCGGCACCGCCAUCCCCGGGCUGCCCUCUUACCACCUGCAGGGGGCCGGCGGCGCCGGGACGGGAGCGGGCGCGGGAGCUGGAGUUGAAAGGUCCAGUCCCGGAGCGUCCAGCCUGCCAACCACCGACAGUCCCACAUCCUACCAGAAUGAGGAUGAGGAGUUUGAGGAAGAGCCCUAUGAUGGGAUCACGGAGGACUCCUACAGUCAUCUUGCAUAUGGGCGCUCGGCGAACCCCUACGGCAUGCAGGACAAGCCAGAGAUGGCAGCGAUGCCCUUGCCCUUGGAGAGCCGCAACUGCGUGCUGAUCCGCAGGGACCUGGUGGCGCUGCCUGCGAGCCUCAUCAGCCAGAUAGGCUACCGCUGCCACCCUAAGCUCUACACCGAGGGCGACCCCGGGGAGAAGCUGGAAUUGGUAGCCGGUACACAGGUGUUCAUGACUCGAGGGCAGCUGAUGAAUUGUCAUCUAUGUGCUGGUAUCAAACACAAAGUCUUGCUUCGCCGCCUGCUAGCCACGUUCUUCGACAGAAACACUUUAGCCAAUAGCUGUGGGACGGGCAUCCGCUCCUCGACGAGUGACCCCAGCAGGAAACCCCUGGACAGCAGGGUCCUCAACGCUGUCAAACUCUACUGUCAAAACUUUAACCCCAACUUCAAGGAGAGUGAAAUGAAUGUGAUUGCUGCUGACAUGUGCACGAAUGCGAGGCGUGUCCGCAAGCGGUGGUUGCCCAAGAUCAAGUCCAUGCUGCCCGACGGCAUGGAGGUGUACCGUGCAGGGAUGGGCAUGGGUGCCGCUGUGGGUCUGGGCCUGGCGCUGGCGGCCCCUCAACAAGGCGUGCACCUCCCCUUCGAGCCCGACUUCAAGGCCCUAGACCAAAGGUUGUACCCGGAGCGCAAAGACCCUCUCAGGACUCACCCACCGCUGGCCGACAGCAGCCCCGGGUCCGGGGCGGCCGGAGCAGAGGCCGAAGGGGAAGGCGAGGCGGCGGUCCGGGGGGACCAGGAGGAGGACGAGGAGGAUGCUGGGUUGGAAGGUGCGGACGGAUCACUGGGGGCGCCGACGUUGAUCCCGGGAGUCGGGGCGGGCAGUUGUGGCGACCCGCCUGCGGAGCAGGAGGUGGAAAGCUUUGGACAAGGUCUGAGGGUGAACGGACAGUGAAUGUCCCCCCGGGCCGCCUCUCACGUUGUGAAAUCCUGUUUUAACAGCGCGUUUUCUUUGGCUUGCUCUCCUACUCUUAACAUCUCGCCCACCACCCUUUCUACUCCUCUGUGCUUCCUCAACGGGAAUUAUUCCGCACAUAAAGCUGCAGCGCUCGUAGAUCUUACUAUACAGGAAGCUGUCACAUGCAUGCGCACCCGUGUGCUUGCCUCCACGCAUACUUAUCGAUAGUGGAUGUGGAUCAUUCAUAGUAGAAGUAGACACAGGCAUGGCAUUAGCACAUUAAGAUAAUCACCCCUUCUUGCUACACCCUUUUUCUUUGUGUACUUAGUAUUUACUCAGUAUUUCGGCACCUGCAGCGAUAUCACAACGGCGUGAUAGCAAAACAAACGGCAGGAAUGAUUCAUCAUUUCGCUGUUACACAAAAGCAACGGAUGCUUUGUUUGCAGUUUAUGGGUUGUGGUACAAUGGUUUAUUAAGUAAAUAUUCUGUUUUCUUUUUUUUUGCCACAUCUGACAAUAACCCAAGCAACCUUGAAUGAUUAUCUCAUUUGUUGUAUGAUAAAUAUACCUAAACAUAUGACGGUAAUUCACAGCUCUACCGUUGUUAAACAGAACAAUUUUCUCAUUUUGAAAGAUGAAGACGAAGAAAGGUUUCCUUUCUUAGAGCUAAAGACGUAUAAUAAUCACAUGGAGUUGGGUUUUCAUGCAUAUCUGCCUGUGACAUAUUGGAUUAGAUUGUCAAUGUGAUGCCUGUGUCUGCUCCAAUCUUCCUCUCCCAACCACACAAUCACACACUCACACAUGUGCGCACAUUUCUCAACUUAUGAUACUAAGCCUUUAAUAUUUGCAUCGAAGCAGUAAAAAAUACACUGUCUCAAAAGAAAAAGUUAAACGGUGCUUUUUUUCCUCGGAAAGAAAAUCCUUUUUGAUCACAUCGUUCUGUUUUGGAGAUGAAGAGAGAGAGAGAGACGCGGAGAAGAACGCGCACUAAAAACUAAAAGCCGAGCUUGCAUGCAUGAACACAAACAAUGGAUGCAGAUAAUCAUCGUAAACGACAACAAAGCCACAAACCUGCAUCUAAAAAAGCAAACAGCUACUGUUUUCUCCAGAUAUGCUAUUUAAAGACUUGUUUCCAUUUCUCACUGGGAUGUGAGCUCAGUCUGACGCCUGUUAGAACUGACCGGGGUGCCACGCGGUGUCCACUGUGUUUGAGUGAAUUUGGAUUUUUUUAUUUUUUAAACUGCGGGCCGUGCUGCUACCGCGCGUCGAGGAAAUUGAAUAUACGGAGUAGUAGUAGGAGGAAGCGCACUACACUGAGUGGUAGAAGAACAAAGUACUGUUUCACCUUGAUGUGGUGCUGUGAUGGACAUAGUCCUGCUUCCAUCCUGUUUUUGUUUUUUCCUGGGGUGGGGGGGUUUAGGGUGGGGGGGGGGGGUAAGUUAUUGAAUAAAACUCACACGAGCAAUCUCUGCUGGCUUAUUUCAUUUGCACUCAAGAUUAAAGGGCGGAAAACUAAGGAGUUUAGGCUAAAUGUGACUGUACUAAAGACUGAAAAUGUCCUCCACAUCACCCUGAUUGUUUAUCUGAUGAGAAGAUUGUGGGUUUGUAAAGAGAAAAAGAGAUCUGACUGAAGAUAACUUUCUAUUUUUCGGAAGGGGGAACUUAAACCUAAUGUCGAACAGGGACAAAAACCUGUAUGUGUCAUACUUUUCUUUUUUGAUAUCUAUUCUGCUGUUAAUGCUUUAUGCCAUGCAUAUAGGGACAUAGUCCAAAAAUACUUGUUCUUUCUUUUGUUCAUUGAUUUUAAGAGAUACACUGUUGUACUUUUUUUUUUUUGUUCUUUUUAUCUGCGUCAAGGCACAUUUAAUCCGACCGACAUAUUUAGUGAACCCCAAAGUUGCUGGUUAAAAUUAAAGAUACUUUCCCGCUGUAAGCUUACGAUAACGAAAGCUAAAAACCGAGCAGAAAAUACAGCACAAGCCCUCAGAUAUCUGAUCUGUUUAUGCUUCAGCGCUGUGCCACCUCAAAGGUUGUGUUUACGUGUCUCGUGUUGGAUUCUUUAGGAGAAGCUUUAAGAUGGACCUGAACAAGAAACACAAGAGUUAUAAUUGCACUAGGUAAUGAGAAUAGCAACGUUUACAAUAUGUAUGUUUCUUAUCUUUCUUUUGGAGGAAAUGUGAUCCACAGUAGAUGAAACGGGGCUUUGAUGGAACGACUGGUGUGAUGAAUGAAUGUAAAUUGUAGCACUGCUUUGGGGAGGGGGCCAAGCCUUGAUUGAAUAUUGUCAAACACUUGUUUCUUAGAUUACUCCCCUUUUCUAGAAUUUUUAAAUUAGUCUUCCAAAGUUUUGAAGAGAAGGGAGUAUUUACCUAAUAUAACAAAUUACUUUCUGGUUUAUUCUAUUUUCAUCCCAACGAGCUCCUAAUUUCUUUUUAGGUAUUUUGACAGUUAUUUACAGUAUUUCUCUAAUGUUAAAAUGGCUUUCCACAAAUCUGUACCAACCUCAAUAUUUAACAAAUAAUAUCUUUAUCAUGUUUUUAAUUUAAAACCUAUUUCUAAAAUUGGUCUCAUGAGAAAAGUUCAGAAGUUCACUUCUGAUUUGGCACCUACACUCACAGUUUUCAAAAAAAGUAUGUAAUUUUGGAAGUUAUAGAUCCUAGCUGUUACGUAGGGGAAUAGGAAUUCAACUCCAGUUAAGCCUGAGCAGUGAAUAAUCUAUACUCCUCCGCAGGGGAAAGUGGGUGGAGCAGUGCCUUAAAAAGACGGUGACCGUGUGGAUGUUGUUGAGAUGUGAACCUCUAUGAUCAGAGACGAGCAACACAUAGAGGAUGUAGGAGUAAAGUACAGACAUGCUGGACCGACAGCCUCACCUUCUUUAUACAAUUCACAGAAAAAGUAUUUAGAUUGCGAUCCCUCGCCUGUUUGUCUGCCGUACAGUAAAAUAUCUCGGACUCUAUCCUGGCCAACAAAAAAUUCCAACCUUUUUAGGAAAAACGUUUGUGUUCUGCUUAGGGUCUAUUUUCUGUUGUGCAAGGUGUAUUGAAAAUCGAAUGAUGUUGCACUAUAAACUGAGCUGUUCUCAGAGAAUGUCAUGGCUACGUAUUGGGAAGGGUAAACGGUUUGAGGUGGCAAAAAGCCAUGUAAAACGUAUGUAAUGUUAUGUAUUUUACAUAUAUCCUUCAUUUAGCCAGUGUCUUGUGAAUUGAUCUUUUAAUUUCAUGACAUAGAUGAUGCCUAGAUUGGUUCACCUAGAUGGUCAUUGAAAAGAAUUAGAAAUUAGAUAGAAUGGGGUUGUUGGUUGAAAAGAACCUAUUUUUACUGACAUUUCUUUGCAAAUAAGUUACUUAUUUUCAAAAACAUUAAUAAGUGCUCUGUUCCUACCCAUUACUGUAACAACCGAUGGGCAGAGUAGAUUUUGUCCCAUUGAGUGGUUUGUCCUGAAAACAAAACAUUUAUAUGCAAAGAGACGGUUAUAUCAUACAAAUGCAUGCCAUUCAGGCACUCACUCGAACCCAAUGAAACCUCUGAUCUUUAUGCACCAUGCAUUUUAAGCUGAAUAACUUUUGUCACUGUAAGCAAACAAAGACUGUGGAGUCUUGCGCAAUGAGUAAGGGUUGUAUUUUUAUCACACACCCUGGCCUUUUAUUGACUGUUUAAAGUUGAAACUAUUAUAAUAAUGACAGAAAAAUUGUGAAUCCGAGAAAGUGGAAUCCAGAGACUAACUACCCAGUUGAGUGUGCAUUUGAACCUUGAGCAGACUCAGAACAAAAUGCACUAAAAGUUUAUACGUGUAUGUAUGUGUCCUUUAACAUGAUGCCAGCACUUUAGAACUACUUCGAAACAAUGAUAGAAAAGAGCGGCCGAGGGUUUGGCGAACGACGAGAAAACGCAACUUUUAAAGCCAUGUGUUCAGAGCGCUGACAAUCAGAAUAGGGAUGAGACCCAAAGUGCAUUAUGGAAGAUCUGACAUGACUUGCUGUGCUCUUGCUAUUUGCUUUGUCUUUCCCCAGCUUGCUUUGGUCUAUGCUAGCUUACUUCCAGAGUGGAGGGGCACUAUAAACUCCAGGCUCUUUGGUUAUAAGUGCGUGUCUCUGCAACAACGACUGAUAUUAGGCUGAUGUCUCGGUGCUUUGUGAACAGAGCUGUCCUAUGUUGACAUGGACCCUAUCUGUAAUGCUCUGGUAAGCAUGUGCCAGACUUCAGAUCCUCAGUCUGGGCGAUUUGGUAACCUCUGAAUGGACAAUAGUCCAUAUGACAAAAUAUCUUAUCAUGCAACCCUACACUUUGAUCUUGGUAACGUUCUUCACUAUCAACAGGCCUUGGACCGGGCAAACUGGGAUUUGACAAUUUCCGUGUUGAUACUGCUUCAUGUUUCAAAUGAAAAAUGAUAAAAAAUGUUUAUGCGCCUUCUGACUCGAGCAUCAAUAAUAUAUACAACAGAAAUGCAAGUUGCCACUUUUGAUGUUGCAUAAGAAUCAACAUUUCAUUCCCAUCAUGGUAUUUACUGUCACCAGUUUCAGUUGUGUAGUCCAAGAGCAAAUGAUUUCUUUAAAUGCAAUACAGAAAACUCUGCUUUCUAAUAAAAGCCCUUACUUCACCAUA